AAAAGGACGGCGGAUGGUGUUUUUCUGGGUCCAUCAUCCAACUGCUUGUAUUCUUCUUCUUUUUCUAGGGUCGUCGUAGGGAAGAGAAAGAGGUGGACCUUGUCGUUCCCAGUCGCCAUUAUUUCCCCCUGAGAACAAAAAGAAGUGAGGGGGGGAGAGGGAGGAGGAGAAUCGCCGACCAUCGUCAUGGUGAGGGGUAAGACGGAGAUGAAGCGGAUAGAGAACGCGACGAGCCGGCAGGUGACAUUCUCCAAGCGGAGGAACGGGCUGCUGAAGAAGGCCUUCGAGCUAUCGGUGCUGUGCGACGCCGAGGUCGGACUCAUCGUCUUCUCUCCCCGAGGGAAGCUCUACGAGUUCUCCAGUUCCAGGUGCCAUUAACCUAAUCACCGAUCCCCACUCUCUCUUCACCUUUGAUGCGUAUUUAAGCCUUUUCUUUGUCGAGUUCAUGGGUUUCUUGAUGAUUAAUAAGCCACAGCAUGAAACAAAAAGCCGCAUAAAUCUACUCUUGAUCGCUGCUUUGUGCGUAGCAACGGCUGACCCCAAGUUCGUCGUCCUUUCCGACCGUUUCCCCCUCUUCAAUAGGUUUCAGAAUCUGAGGGUUGCUAUAUAUAUAUAUAUCUUCCAAUGCAGCUUCACAUUUCUUCAUCCUCCCACUUUGAUCAUCCUAAAAUAUAGACCUUCUCUUUUAUCCAGUACUGCACUUCUUCUCUGGAGACAUGUCGAGCUUUCAAUCUCGACAUCUCUAGAUUCUCACAUAUUUAUGGUCUCCAAAUUUGCCUAACAGUAGCGGAAGGAGGCCAAUUUAUGCCUUCCUUCCUAUUAAUAAAAAUGGUAAAGUUUUUACUCGAUUAUCGUACGAACUUCUGUACGAUUUCUUUACUAUGGAGUGCAACAGGUUCAUUGUGUUACCUUUGACAACAACGAUAUAAAUUAACAUACGGACAAAUUAAAUUUACAUGGUAGUACAAGCCAGAAAGAUUGCAAGAAUCCAAUAGUAAGAUGGCAUUAUUGGAACAGAUGCCUUGUACAUGUAGAUGCCCAAGAGAAACAUUGGCACUUGUGUAAAGAUUGGGAAAAUAAUCACAACCAAAAAUGUCGCAGCCGAAGACUGGAGAAGUUAUAUUACUCUACAAGUACAUGAGACUAAUGCCACCAUUUAAUUCUUUG